AACAUCGAUCGAUAAGUUCGUUAGAUAUAAAAUGGCAAGGCAAUCGGCAGAUUAAUCACUCACCUCUCAAACAUCAACCAAGUAACCAUUCGGAAGCUAAUCAUCCUCCACAGGAUUCAGAUAAAUAAAAUGGAUCUUCGCUCCUCUUUGAUCCUGUUGGGCUGCGUUGUUGUACUUCAAGCGUCUGUCGUCGUCCCAAAAGCUGGUGACGAGCAAACACGAGACAAGCGCGGAUUCGCCAGCGGUGGAGGUGGAUACGGAGGUGGUGGAUCUGGAUACGGCGGAGGAGCUGGCGGCGGAGCAGGUGGAUAUGGAGUAGGUUAUGGUGGCGCUGCUGCUAUUGCACAGGAAGCCGCCAAUGCAGCCAAAGCAGCACAGAACGCACAGGCCGGAGCAGCAUCUCAGGCUGCCCAACAAGCACAGGCCACCCUUGCUGCACAGGCCACUCAAGCCGCCCAGCAAGCCCAAGCCGUCGUAGCUGCCAAACAGGCCCAAGCUGCUCAGAUCUCCCAGGCCGCACAAGCCGCGCAGGCCGCUGCUUUUGCUGAAUCCGCACAGGCCGCUCAAGCCGCCCAAGCUGUUCAGGCUGCCGAAGCCACCAAGGUUCAAGCCCUCCAACAGGCUCAAGCCAUUGCCGCUGCUGCUAAAGCCGCUCAGUCUCAUGCUGCUCAGGCAGUUGCUGCCCUCCAAGCCGCUCAGGCCCAGCAAGCUUCCCAAGCUCAAAUGGCUUACCAAGCUCAGGCGAACGCCCAAGCUUUGGCUUACAAACAACAAGCUUCACUGGCUGAUUUGGCAGCUGCCCAGCAAGCGGCCAACAAGGCCUACUCAGCCGCUCAAGCAGCCCAAGCUACUGCUGUUGGUGGUGGUGGAUCCUACGGUGGAUUUGGCGGAGGAUAUGGCGGAGGACAAGGUGGCUGCCCGGCUUGUUAAGCAGAGUCUUUACGCACUUCUGAAAUAUUGGCUGUAUUAGUUUUUGAAAUUUACGUCACCUAUCGUCCAAGUGCACUGUGGAAACUUGUUUAAUUCCAGAUUAUGUAUACCAUUUAUUCAUGGGUACAAUUGUAUCACUGUUAUGAAAAAAAAAACGAAACAAAAGAAUAAAUUUAAAGAGAAUAAAUUUUAGUAUGCAAAAAUAAUUUCGUUUUGAAUUUUCUAAUCGCUUAUUGAACAUGAAAAUAUUCCGUUCUCUGGUUUGGCCUAAUAAGAAAGCCAUUCCAUUACCUGUGAAACAACGGCCUGA